AUGAAGAUGUCUCAAAAUACUCCCGACAAAGACGACCAAACGUCAACUAACAAAAAAACCAUCUCCCUCCCAAUGUCCAGAGUGAGGUUGAUAAUGAAGAGCUCCCCCGAUGUCUCCAGCAUUAACCAGGACGCUCUUUUUCUCACCACCAAGGCUACAGAGCUGUUUGUCCAGCACCUGGCUCUCGCUUCAUUCAACGGCUCCGGGAAAGAAACCAACACUUUAUCAUACAGCGACCUGGCUCAAACCGCAGAGGAGAAGGAGACUUUCCACUUUCUUACAGAUAUCCUACCUAAGAAGAUCUUGGCUCGAGAUUAUCUUCAAUCUUUGGACCAAAUGCAAGAUGAUGAUGCUGACUUUUAAAAAGGACACUGGCUACAUUUAACAUCUGGACAGAUGUUAUCAAAUGCACAUGUCCUCCCAUUCAUUAAGUGCACUGGCAGAAGAGAUACCCUGAACUUUCUCAAUGCUUUUUUGAAUACAUUGAAAGAAUUCAGCUGUAGGGCUCAUGAAAGACGUUAGUGGACACAUAAUUGAAAGUAAAGCCACAUACAGUAGGCAAAAUGUAAAAUCAAGUGAAGACUUAGAAAUCCUCUUCAAACACAACAACACACUGACUCUUAGAGGUACAUAGAUGUUUUACUGUAUGUCUUAAGAUAAAUACUUGAUGCCAGGAAUCAAAAUUUGUAACAAUGGCCUAAACAAAGCAGCGUAGAUGAAUCAUAAUGCAAUCACCCCUUAACAUUUUGGAACAUUUUUGCAUUUGGCCCGUAUUCCCAGACUAUCUUUGAAGGCUUUGUGGUAGCAAUAUCUUAUAAAGUCCGUGCUUGUUUUGCAUGCACAACAAUCAGCAGGAGUGAAUUGCCAUGUUUGAGUUGUGUGUAGUUCAUCAUAAAUACUUGAAAGUAUAAAUACCUCUUCUUUUUUUUCCAGCUUCACUACAAAGCAACUGAACAUGCUGCGUCUUUCCAUAUACAAAUUCACACUCAAGCUUAAUAGAUGUGAAUAUUUAAAGUGUAUAUAUCGGCUGACCACCUUACAACGUAUCAUCCUCAUGCAUUUACAAAUUGUUUAGAUUUGAUAUUAAAAUAAAGAUUCAUGCUGUCUGA